ACAGUGCUACGUGAGAAAUCGUGAUGGAGUAGUUUAUACCCUGUUUGGUCGUCGUUUCUCAUCCGUGUUGUUCGAGUAGGUUUAAAAUUAGCAGGUUCUCGGUGUACUGGUUGAUUAGAAAGAAAGAAAACUUUUACAAUUACAGCUAACAGUAUGUCACUGUUGCUGGAAGUAACUUUUUGGUUUUUCGCGUCAACGUAAUAAGGGAAAGACGGUGUCGGAGGGUCAGGUUAUCUUCUUUGUUCGAGAAAAGCCUCAUCAGAGUGGGCAAUGGCGCGGGAACCUUACGUUCCAGAAUCGGUGUGUGCAUGGCGUAGGUGAUGAUCGGUGUUUGUACAUGUGGCAUGGUGUUUAUAGCGAACAGGAAGAUUUACAUACCCUGCUGGAUCGACCAGCUCGUCGGAUUUUGGAUACGAGCCGUAUCGUGAGCCGCCAUGAGGCGCAUUAGCGUUGGCGGCAUGAACCGGCCGUCCAAAGCUGUGACACAGGCGAAGAAAGUGGCACCACCGGCUGUACCCGAUGUAUUUCGACAUUCUGGCUCCUCCUUUGGUUCCGCUGGAUAUGCGAGCAGCGAAGAUAGUUGUUUCCUGCCCGGAAGUGGACCAGGCGGAACAACCGACGAGGGUUCUUACGGAGUGCCAUCUGGAAAGAGUCCGGGGCCUAUUUUUACCCACCCUGGCUUUGCCUUUCCACCAGUCGUCGGCAAAUAUGCCCAUGCCGAAGAUCAAGGAAUCGAUAUGACACAAAGUCCCGGAAGAGACAGCCCAGGUAGUUCAGGAUCAGGUUCUGGUUCCAGGCAUUCUACCGCUUCGUUAGAUUCUGGAAGAGCCUCCGGAUAUCAUCUAGGUCCUAGAGGACCUGGUGCUCUUGCUUCAUCUCCCAGGUGCUCUAUAAGCUCGCUUGGCAGCCAUCCCGACAGACCGGCAGAUCUCGACGUCGUUCAUGCUUGGUUGACUGAACUCCAAUUCGAGGAAUACUUCCCAUUGUUUGCUUCCGCUGGUUACGAUUUAGCUACGAUAACGCGCAUGACGCCGGAAGAUUUGACAGCGAUAGGAAUUAAGAAGCCUAAUCAUCGAAAACGUUUGAAAGCGGAAAUAGAUAAUUUAAAUAUAGGAGAUGGUUUGCCAGAGCAUAUUCCUGGCUCGUUAGAAGAAUGGCUCAGGCUUCUGCGACUCGAAGAAUAUCUCGCUGCUCUCCAUCAACAGGGUAUGCGUUCGGUCGAAGACGUGACGACUCUUACUUGGGAAGAUCUAGAAGACAUCGGUAUCGUGCGUCUAGGUCAUCAAAAAAAAUUAUUGUUGGCGAUUAAGAGAGUUAAGGAUAUUCGUGCUGGUAAACGUAUACAACCGCUCGAUCUUGCACGAUUACCUCCACAUCCUGGACAAACGCAGGACGUAGUUAUUCAGCGAGGAGGUCCAGACUUGCCAUCUCCCGAUGAGGACUGUUCCUCGCCUGUUUUGAGGUCUUUUCAGAGAGGAGGAAGCGAUACUACGUCUGGAGCUGCGUGGAGAAGUAUGUACGCUGCUUUACCAGCCGAUUAUAACAUCGUUGGUCGGACUGGUUCGCGUGGAAAAUCUUUAGAAAGUUUGGAAGAUGCCCCUCUUGGGUAUCCUCCGUCACCGGCACCUUCCACGCAUCCGCAACCAAUCGAAUGGCGUCCACGCAGUUUCGAAGAUGGUGAUUUGACUCCUACAAAUGAUACUUCUGUAGUGGACGCAGGUGGUGGAACUCUGCCGCGGCCAAGACAUUGUCUUGUUCGUCCACGACCUGUAGCUAAGGUCACCGCGACUCCAGGACAAUUUAAGUCAUUACCAAGAGACUUCGAUAACAAGUAUCAAUUAACUUAUGGACUUGAAAGUAGUCCACAUCUUCCAAAACGUUGUCCGCCAUCUCCUCCAAGGCGCCAAAGCUCCAGAGAUAAUAGCGGUUCUGUUGUGGGCGUUGGAGGAUCGGCAGUUGGCGAUGUUGUGAUUGAUUGCAGCGGACCAGUUCCAACUGCUUCUUGCGAGGAACAUCAUAUACAUCAUCAUCAACAUCAUCAUUUGAUUCAUCAUCCUUCUCCUCCGCCACCUGCACCUGCACCAGUGCCAUCGACUCCACCGCAGAUAAAUCGACCACCUUCUUCCAUGUCUCGUUCUUGGGGUAGUGUCAGUAUCAAUGUCAAUGAAGAACAUGAAUUAAUAGCUUCCCUUGCUCUGCAGCAUCGUAACGGUUCUGAUGCCAGUUUUAAGUCAAGUUCCAGUACAGAAUCAGAUUCACUACCAUUUGCAAAUGAGAAUGCUGGAACGAUAAAACAAAGAGCUGCACGCGCACAAGAAUACGCAAGUGGUAAUACCAAUAAUAUGCAAACUCAUGGAAUAAGCCAUCACACUGGGGGUAGUGAACCAGCAGAUGUAUUGAACGACAUUGGAAAUAUGCUUGCGAACCUUACUGACGAGCUUGAUGCCAUGCUCGAAGAAGAAAAGCGUCAAGGCUUAAAUUCAUAA